AUGGCUGCAUCUAUGAAUCAGGACUUCAUGGAGAGGCAAGAGAGUGAUGCUUCGGACGCGGACUCCGAUUUGGAGGAGUUGGAGGGCGAUAUUGCCAAGUUCGACGAGUCUGUUCGAGAAUUCCUGGCGACCCAACGCGAUGAAGUUGUUCCCUCAGGUGCGACUCGCGCGGGUUAUCGCGGAAGAGGAGCUCGAGGCCCGCGAAAAGCUGCAAAACCUCGAGGAGAUAUCACGGCACGUCUGUCCAAAGUGAACCAGGCCUUUCUUAGUGGCGACUACUCUCGCGCUCUGGAUCUCGUAUUCGAAGUGAUCCGAAUCAAUGCAGAGACUCAUCAAGCAUGGACAACCUUGUCAUCCAUCUUUCGGGAACAAGGCGACUUGAGCAAGGCCCUGUCGGCCAUGGUCUAUGCUGCUCAUCUUCGACCCAAGGAUGUCAGCGGUUGGCUCCAGUGUGCAUCUUUUGCGUUGGAUACAAUUGGAGAUGAUGAGGCAGGAAAUCUCAAUACAGCAAGGCUCUGCUAUUCCGCUGCGCUGAGAGCUGAUCACACGAAUAUCGAUGCCAGACUUGGCAAGGGCUUGGUCUGUCAUAGGCAAGGUCAUCUCGCGGCCGCGAUUUCUGAUUACAAAACUGUCCUCAAGCACCGCCCCUACGAUCUAGAGAUCGUUAGGAAGCUUGCAGAGGCAUGCUUGGACAACAAACAAGCCGAUACGGCUGUCCCCAGCGCGAUCGCCGCUUACAAGCGGUUCUUUGACCAUGAGAAAUCAGAUCCUUCAGCUGGCAUGCAAGCCCCUUGGCACGAUAUCGGGAUUUACGUGGAUCUUUUUGCUGCAACUGGCCGCUAUCAAGACGCCAUUUAUCAAGCCAAGUCAUUAUCCAGGUGGCUGCUGGGUCGCGAUACCGAGACUUUUUGGGACAACUGGCAGUCAGACGACCGUGAGUGGGACGGAGAUGAUGAACGACGACUCUAUGUUUCAGAGUAUACAGCCGGAGCCUGGAGUCCCGAACUCUAUGGUCAAUCGUUUCCAUGGGAUCUCCGUGCUCGACUGGCCAUCUAUAGAUUUCGCCUUGGUGACGAAGAUGAGGCCAUGAGACAUCUAUGGUGGUUUGAUCCUAUGCUAGAACACACAAAGGAGUUUGCUAGCGAUUUCCCCUUCAUGGCCUUUGAUAUGGCUGAAGAACUGGCCCACCGAGGCCAUACUCCCCUCGCUAUCUCAUACUACCAAAUUCUACGAGAUCUGCCAGGAGACCCUGACGCAACUAUCCUACUACAGUUGGGACGGUGCCAUUCGGCGAUGGGGGAGAACGCAACUGCAGAGGAAUACUUUCUCGCUGCCAUCGACGCUGACGAAGACCAGAUUGAUGCCCGUAUUGAGCUAGCCAACAUGUAUGAAAAGGCCAGAGAGGAUGAAGAGGCCUUGAUUCUUGCUGCCGAGGCACUAGCUCUCAGGGAAGCACGAGACCAAAAUCUUGACGGUGACCAACACCAAGCAGCAGUGCCUGCCCAGCAAAAUCGGCGGGUCCCGCGUCGAACCGGGGCUGUGCCUCGGAGGACGGAUGCAUCUGGUAGACGUCUUAUUCCGCGAAGAUACAGACCGAAGCGACUAGCAGGCGCCGAUAAGCGUCGUCAAGAGGAGCAAGCUCGCGCUGUGAAGCUGGCUGAGCAGUAUGAGGUUGUCCAAGACCUGCGGAAACAGAUACGAGAAGGUCGGAACGACCUCAUCCCUGCUUGGAUGGCAUCCUCUAAAGAGCUUGUGGACGACUUCCGAUCACUAAAGAAGUUCUACACCUGGGACAAAUACCUGCAUUUCCUCGGCCCGAAAAGUCUCCAACAGAAUGAAGCGGAUAAGCCACAGACGGAACUGGCUCAGAUGUACGAAAGACUUGCAAGAACUCUUGCUCCCCAUCCUGGGCACGAGGGCCGUGAGGCGGGAACAUCGGAACUCGAUGCUCAUCAGGGAAUUUCCUUCAACAACUGGCUAUAUCUGUUCCUCGACUAUGCUAUUGGACUGGCCAUCGCACACCGACGUGACGAGGCAUAUCAAGUUUGCGAGGCAGCUCGGGACUCUACAGCUUUCCAGGCGCCAGAACAUGGCUUCAUGAUCUACGUCGCCUGGAGUGUUUGUGCUAUCUACACAAGUGACGAGGAACGAUGUGUGGCAACAGCCCGCCAGUUGAUGAGGGAGGGUGCAAUGUCCGACUCGUAUCGAAUGUUUGCCCUUCUUUCGAAUCUUUGCCAGUCUCCUGUUUCUUGGUACACUUCAGGACCGGCCCAGAAGUAUCUGCUUCGGCAGAUCAAAGCAAUGGAUGAUGCCCACACAGAGAGUGUGGCAAGGGCGGCUGCAGGCGAAGGUACAGAGGUAGCCCUUGAUGCUUGUGUUCUCAUGCUUUAUGGGCACAUUCUGUUCACCUCUACGAGUUACACAUACGCACUUGGCUACUUUCUCCGUUCUCGUGCAUUGGAUCCUGAUAAUUCGAUGGUCAACCUCAGCCUGGGUUUGGCGUAUGUUCAUUACGGUCUCAAGCGUCAAUCCACCAAUCGUCAAUACCUGCUUCUGCAAGGGCAGUCCUUCUUGUCACGAUACGCCGAACUCGGAUCAAUGGACCAAGGGGAAAACAACGGCUUCACCAAAGCCGAGGCAUAUUACAACAUUGGGCGUUUGUACCAACUCUUGGGUAUUAACUACCUGGCGCUUGAAUACUACUCGAAGGCAAAAAAAGUGUCUCGCGACAGACCAGGAAAUGAUGGUACCACUGGUGAGCUGGAGGCCAUCAUGUUGAGCAACGAGUUGAUUUCGUUGCUCAUCAAUCAGAACAACUCGAAGGCUUUGGCUCUACUCAAGGCAAAGAUCAGGCUAUGA